UGCAGUUUCAUGUUUUUCUUUCUUGUUUAUCUUUGAUGGGUUUUGCUGGUUUUCAACCUGGGUUUUCUUCUUUAGGGCAUCUGCUGCUUUGCAAAGCUUCUGAAUAAGGUAACAUAUCGUAUAUACAUUUGCAUGUACAUACAUAUUUUCUUUUAUACAUGUGUAAACCGAACCACAUUCUUCAGUUUUUCAUUAGAUUGGAGGUGAAGAAAGAAUGAUGUCGGAUUGAGAAAAUGAAAUAAGAAUUUUGCUCUUGAAAUUUUGCUUUCUAUUCUUUGACCAGAAACAUAUCAUCAUAUAAAACAACAAGCUGCAUGAAGAAGUUGCUUGUUGAUUGGAUUGACGCAUAACAUGGAAAAACAAUUGAAAUUGAUAAAGGAAAAGUAGAGAAAAAUGGAUAGAGAACAUUCAACAAGCACUGUUUUAGAGCGUGACAACUCUCGAAAUCGAACUCAUUUUCCUCACGUGCUGAGGCAAAGAAGCUAUAUAUUUGAUGGGUUUGGGCAAUACUUGAACAAAGAAUGGGAUAUUGUUGAAGGUACAGGGCAAGAAUUUUGCUGGUAUCAUGUAGAGCUAAUUAAAGGAAAUCAGAAACUUUCUCAAUAUGCAAAACACUUAAUAGAUGUCCUUUGCCCCCCUUUAAAGCUUCAAGACAUUCUCUCACUUGUUAGUAACGGACCCUUUUGUGGAUAUGUCAAUGGAGCACUUGUGUUUAGGGUUAAUUCACCUGGCCCUCCUUCUAGUAAUUUCACUUUCAGAAUUGCAGCUAGAGUUACCGAGCAUUUGGUGAUUACUGUCUCAUUAGGACGUGUUCCUAGAUUAGAUUUCAAGCCAACAAGUCGAUCUCUCUUAUCCGAAAUUCCUAGUUUUAGAAAAAGAGAGGAAAUUAGGGAAGAGAAUGGGGUAGUGAUUGGGGACCAUGUUUUAGAGUUAUUGUUGACAACGAAUCAUUCUGAAGAGGUUGAUAAUCAAGUGCCAAAAUCUGUGUCGAAUCUUGUUAUUCACAUCAUCGACAAACACGUGGAUCAUCUUCAAGAUACCGUCACCAGACUCGAGAUUGAGUUGGACUCGAUUGAGCUAGAAAUGGACAAAGGUGGAUUUACUUUGAAGAAAAAGAUGUUGGAUGAUCGAAGAUUUCCAAAAAUUCACCUUGAUAUACAACGCAUAUUGCAGGUCAUUGCUUAUGGAGAGCAAGUAUUUCCUCGAGUAAAAGAAAAAUGCGCUUCAAAACAAUGGUUUUCUAGUGAAGACAUUAACUCUUUAGAAGAGCUAAUUGGACAAUUGAGAAGGCUAAAAGAAAAUGUAGGGUUUAUUGCAAAUCAUGUCUCGGUAAUUCAAGCUGGUCUUGAAAGUUGGCAAGCUGAGCAAAUAAAUAAGAAGUUGUAUUAUCUUUCCUAUCUUUCGAUAAUUUUUCUUCCUUUAUCCGUAAUAACUGGAGUUUUUGGUAUGAAUGUAGGGGGAGUUCCAUGGACUGGACAAGAUAAUCCAAAACUAAGAGAUGGUUUUCGUAAUGUCAUGAUUUUAUGUGUGGUAAUGUUAUUUAUAGUGUUGCUAUGCUUUAUAUUUCCAUCAUUGUAUUUUCGAUUAACUACUUCGCCAAAGAGAAGCGUUGUCAAAAAAAGUUGGUCAAUUAAUAAGAGAUCUUUUCAUAUGAGAUCUCUUGGAGCACAAGAAAGAAGAGGUUAUCUUUCGAUUUAA